AGCAAAGAAAACAGUAGUCCUAGUUUGUAGUCUCUGCAAUGUUCUCAUCCUUUAAGCCACCCUCAGCCUUCUCUUCUUUCCCCUUCUUCUUUCUUCUACUUAUAAUAACUUCCCAAUCCCCAAACUAUCAAUAAUACUUGACCUUCCCCAAUUUUACUGUUUUAUUAGCCUAUUAACGGCCUUGUUUUUUGAGUAGAAAAUGGCGGAUGAAAACGUUCAUAAGGUGAUAGAUGGUUUGCCAGCACCUGCUACACCUCCGGCAGCCGGAGAUGGAGAGAGCCAAGCACCGGGAAUCGGCGCCGGAGUGUCCAACAUCGUCAGAAGGUGGAAAAGAGAAGAUUUGGUGAAGAGGGGUUCUUUAGUUUUGCAUGGUUUUGGCUUGGUUUUUUCAUUGAUUGCUUUCAUUGUCAUGGCUAGCAAUACUCAUGGUGAUUGGAAAGAUUUUGAUCGAUAUGAAGAAUACAGGUAUGUGUUGGCUAUUGCAAUUCUGUCCACAUUAUAUACAGGAUUGCAAGUUCUGAGACAAAUUCAUGAACUUUCAACUGGCAAGGAAUCAUUUUCACGGCAGAAAUUAGCUUUGCUAAGCUUCAUUAGUGAUCAGGUAGUAGCAUACUUGUUAUUAUCAGCUGCAUCAUCUGCUGUGCCAUUGACAAAUAGGAUGAGAGAAAAUAGUGACAACAUAUUCACAGAUUCUUCAGUAGCAGCAAUUAGUAUGGAGUUCUUGGCAUUCUUUGCUUUGGCAGUGUCAGCUCUGAUUUCUGGAUAUAAGCUCUCAAAUAAAUCCUACAUCUGAUGAGAUCAUAAAGAUAUUCUGAGUCUGAUUAUUCUGCCUAUGUACAGGGGCGGCUGUAGAGUUCCAUCACCGGUUCAUCUGAACCUCAAUAUUUCCUGUUUGCUGAACCUGUAUGUUAAAAUUCAGAGUGUAAAUUGAUCUGUACAUAUGUAUCAAAGCUGCAGAGAGGUUAUUCCUUCUCCACAUCUCAUAAUAUUUGUUAAACUUACUCCAUUUACA